AUGUAUCGGGUAUUGCUUUCCAGAGAGGCCAUUGUCAUUGGAACGAUGGUCUCUGUCGUCAGUGCCAUGGUAACAGGGCACGCUGGGAGACAACUGAUGCCGAGCAUGCCAGAGAUCACGGCCGACCCCAUGGACUUCCUCGAUCAAGUACAACUCCUCCAGAGACGUGAGCUGCAACAAAGACAAGAGGCUUCUUCUCCAUUUGACGUGACCGUCACCAGCGCACCUGAUGCGACGUGCGGUUAUCUCUCGGCAGAGGUCGGGGUACCAAUUACCUGUACAAAUAAAGAAAUAUGCGCCUGGGCUCUGGUACAAGAAGACUCGGGAGUCAUCAAAUGCGGAACAGAAAUAAAGGUCAACUGCUACGAGUCGUCCAAGGCAGUCGAUCCGUCACUUUGCAACGACGUUUGCCAAAGUGACACGAUGAAUCUUCUGUGUACCGACUCCGACACGCCAUAUUGUCGAACCUACGCUUUCCCGAAUGGUAUACGAGACUUUAGAUGCGCAUCAUCAUCCUUGACAACGGAGCAGAGCGCUGAGCAUACCUUUUAUGGCCAAAAGAAUCCCAAUUUCAAGACGAGAGUUGCCAACGGUGCGGCUGCAACAACAGAGCUGGAAGAAGCGCUGGGUAAGACAGCAACCGAAUCCGAUGAACCCACCACGAUCACGAAAGUAGCUCCAUCUACAAAAUCAGCUUCGACCGAUGGUAAUAGCAAGAGUAGCCCAGCGCCCAUCGGAGCCAUAGUGGGAGGAGUUGUUGGUGGUGUGGCCCUUAUCGGUCUGGCCAUGUUGGGUGUCUUUUUCAUGCUCCGACGAAAGAGGAACAAGACUGUGGCUACCCAAGGACCCAUCAACCCGCCAGUUAUGAAUUUUAUUCCACAGAACAUGGGCCCAAGUAUGCUUGACUCGAAAAUGGUUGCGUCACCUCAUGCUCAACCAGACUCUGCUAUCUCUCCACUGCAGUCAGAUAGCCGACAGUCCAUGUUUGGGCCGCCGCCUGUUUAUGAAGCACCAGGACACGAGUCGCAGGUCCAUGAGAUGGGCGAAUCGAGCGAAAGGAGGUGA